GACAGCUCUGGCUUGUCUCCUCUCUUUCAGAACAAGAACAUGGAGGACAGGAGACCAGCAAAGGAGACAGAGCCCAGGGCUCCUUCUUGCCAUCUGUUUAAAAGGAGCAUGAGGAAUGAAGCAAGAAGACUGAGGACUUUUCGGCGGUGGCCAGCAACCUCACCUGUAUCCCCUCGAGAUUUGGCCAAGGCUGGCUUUUUCUAUCUUGGGCCAGGAGAUGAAGUACGGUGUUUUUGCUGUAGUGGUAUCCUGAAGGACUGGGCACCUGGUGAUUGCCCAGCAGCAGAGCACCGGAAAUUCUUCCCAUCCUGUAAGUUCAUUCGUGGUGAGGCUGUUGGGAACCAAGAGAUGCUUCCUGUUCAGGAAGUCGUUGACACUGUGGAUGGGCAGGUCGUCAGCCUUUUGCAGGGGAUGGACAGUGAAGAGGCAGCCGUGCCCCAUGAGCCAGAAUACCCAGCAAUGGUAACAGAGGAGGCGAGACUAUUGACAUUUCAGAACUGCCCACGAUACGCUGCCAUGCAUUAUCAGGCACUAGCUAGAGCAGGAUUCUUUUACACAGGACAAGGUGGUAUAGUGAGGUGCUUUUACUGUAAUGGAGGUGUGAGGAACUGGCAGAUUGAAAGUGAUCCUUGGUGGGAACAUGCCAAAUUGUUUCCAGGGUGUGAAUUCUUAUUGCAGUCAAGGGGGAGAGACUUUGUUAGCAGUGUUCAGGAGUCCCUCUCUAACACCCAAGUUCCAAGAGAUUCCAGGGGUCGGACUGGACAAAAUCCACUUGCUUCACGAGAAACUCUGAGGAGCUUGAUGAAUCAGGCUCUUCACUGCCUGGAUGAGUUUGUCAUAAUGUAUCAUGUCAUUGAGAUGGGCUUUGACCUCAUAAGCGUGUGUAAGGCGAUACAGAAUAAACACGUGAUGACUGGGGCUUCCUACAUCUCCGAGUCUGAGCUGAUUGCUGAUGUGCUUCAGGCAGUCAGGGAGAGCAGCAGUGCAGAGAGCAGAGGUGCUGCUCAGGGGGAGGCUGCAGCAUCAAGUUCAAGAGAAGAAAUGCAGUCUGUGCAACAGAGAGAAUCAGAUGAGUCUCGGCCGAGCAUGGAAGAACAGCUCCAACGCCUGCGAGAGGAGAGGAUGUGCAAAGUGUGCCUGGACAAAGAUGUCUCAGUUGUGUUUGUUCCUUGUGGCCAUCUGGUAGCAUGUAGGGAAUGUGCCUUCAAUCUGAGGUUGUGUCCUAUCUGCAGAGCAGUCAUCCAGGACAGAGUGAGGACUUUCAUGUCCUGAACCAUGAUGUACCAAAGGGGGAAGAGAAGUCCAUAUGACCCAUUCAUAAUGUAGCAGAGGAAGGAACUAAGCAAAUAGUUUGAUGCUGGAGCAAUCCUAUUUGCAGGGUAGAUUGGCAUAAGUGUAAAACCUUACCAAAUGUGCUUCCUAUGUGUGCACAGUGUUUCUAGUAAGAGCUGCUCAUUUGCUGUAGUUGUGCUAAUCCUGUUGUAGGACUGCUCCAGAAAAACUCUGCUGGUUCCAUUUGUCUUCCAAAAAGAAGCUUUUGUUGUUGGAUUCUCCUUCUCCAAAUUCUGGCAUUCUCACAUGAAUCCCUGCUCUGUGUUGAAAUCAAAGGCUGUUUUCAGUAGGCUCUGGUUCUUUUUCACUCACUUAAGCAGUCGUUCAGAGGUUAUUUUGCUAGCUUUGGUGGCUUCCUUCAGUCAGUCAGAGUCAAACGGCUGCACCUUUAUACAAAAUGUGUUCCAUUGCUCAUGAGUAUUCUAGUCUCCAUGUAUUGUGUGGGAAGGAGAAUUUAGCUUUUCCUUCUGAGCUCUUUGCUGUCUUCCCCCCCUUGUUGAACUGUCAAUACUUGACAGAAUGCUUCAGUAAUACUCAAAUCUGCGUAACUGUAAGUGAAAAGCCUGGCCUUUUCAACCUCUUUACUCUCAGCUGACUGCCCCAGACAGAAGAUGACAGCCUCUUUGAUGGUCAGGGUCACUAGAUGAUCUCCUGGGAGCUUCUUGGAGCUCUUUCCUGUCUGGUGGGUACUAUUCUCAUAGAAGGUAACUAUGGAAACUUACCUUUUUAGGACAUCUAGUUGUUGGCUAAACUGAUAAUUCUUGUUUGAAAUAGAACAUUCUAUCAUAUAAUCAAAAAGAGGAAGUUUUGUCAAUUUGUAGUUUAACUUCAGGGGAAAAGAAAUAAGGCUUUUAAAAUUAACUGUUUCAUGGAAUAAAGUUGUUCUUUUGUU